CUUAAAAGAAAGAGCCAAAACACCCAAUAACCCAGCUGAUUACCCAUUGUCCUUUUUUUCUGUUUGGGGGUCUAAUGGAGGGUGCAGGGUGCUAAUCUAGCUGAUCACCCGUUGUCACUUGAGGUUCCAAUUGUAGCGUCUGCAGUGGAGAAUUUUAGGUCCUGUGAUCCCAUCAGUACUCAUAUAAUCAGCUCUUAAUCUUUAUUGAUAAGGUUAAACUCAUAGCUCCUUGAAUUGCGAGAAUUCCACAUUUCAUGUUGAUCGAGGAGACAUGAUAAAAUAACAGCAGAGAGAAACUUCCCAGAGUUAUUUCAUGGAUAAAAUGGCAUUUACUCCGACACCACCAGAUAGAAACCCCCCCCAAAAAAAAAAGAAAAAGAAAAAAAAGCAGCAAUGUGCCUUGGAUCUUAUCAUAAUGCUCAUACCGAGGCAGAGGCCAAAACGCACACAAGAGUAGAGCCAUGAAGUCCUUCACUUCUAAGGCAUGCAAAAAGUAAAUGAGCAGCAGCUCCCCUCGAAUUUCUCCUUUAUAAAACCCCAGCAGUACCUUGCAUUGUGUCCGUCCCACCACGUCAUAGCAGACACAGUCUCCCCUCCUCCUUUUACCAGCUAAAUUCCAAUCCUAAUCUCAAUUUUCUUUCGAAGAAGAUGCCGACCGCAGUUGAUGAGGUUACUGCAAAGACUGAGAUGGUUGAAAUUGAACCAAACACCGGCCUUGCUCUGAAGACAGCAACGAAUGAGGAGAAAGCAAAUGAUGAGCCGGAGGCCAAAAUUUCCACCGGUGAGGCACCGAAACCGAAAGACAUGCAGCAGAAAAACGAACCCGGAGAUCCAGACGACGCAAAGGGCCAGACAGUUGGGGAAGAGAAGGAGCCCGAAUGCCACAAAGAGCAAGAAGCGGACGUGCCAGUUGAAGUUGAACCAAAGACGGGCGUUUCUUUUCCAGUUAAGUUGAACGAUGGGAAGCAAUUGGAAGCUGUUGGUUUGAGGAAGAAGAGCAUGCUUGGCUUGGGAAUCAAAAUUUAUGCAUUUGGAAUAUAUGCGGACAAUGACGAACUGAAAGCUCUUGUUAGGGACAAAAUUGGAAAAGCACCUGCCAAGCCGACCAAGGAAAUGUACCACAUGGUUAUUGAUAGUGAUGUCGGAACGAUUGUGCGCUUGGUCAUAGUCUUCUCAAGCCUUACCAUGAGCAUGGUGCGUAAAAAUUUCGAUGAAGGUCUAGGAGCUGCAAUCAAGAAACUCACCGGCGGAAAGAAAGAAGAGCUGACAAAGAUGAUCAUGGGUGAAGCAUCAGAUGAUAUCAAGCUCAUACCUGGUUCGGAAAUUGAGAUCUCCAGGCUUCCAGGUUACAUCCUACAAACAAAAGUGAUGGGCGAGGUUGUCAGCAACGUUCAAAGUGAGCUCCUCUGCAGGGCUUACAUGUACCUGUACCUGGGAGAUGAUCCUUUUGACAAAGAAGCCAAGGACAAGUUUGGAAGCUCGUUGCUCCAUCUCUUCUAAAGAUGACUUUCAGCACUUUCAAGGUUCUUGAGCAAUAAAACCUGUUCCUUUCUAGUGUCUGAAUAAAUUUACAAAUAAGAGGCAGCGCGAGAAAGAUGAUGGUUAUUGUUACUGUUUAAGAGCUGCUUUGUAUCAAUUAUAACUCAAAAGCAGCCAUUUCUUUCUUUACCUUCCCCCUGAAUGGAGUCAUAAAUGUGCAUGAUUAAUUGUAUGCACAUUUUAAGAAGCGCUUACAUAAACAGUUAUGCACAUCAGUAAUCCAUUAAAAUAGUAUAAAAGUAGCAAAGAGACAUUCCUGGCAAA